AUUCUUGCGCAUUUAAUGUGACACAUUCCAGCUCUCUCCUUCCCGCUAUGGGUUGAUAGAUGACUCCCACCCACUCUCUCUCUCUCUCUACCACCCCUUUCUCUCUCUAAAAUUCAGGAAUCCAUGUCUCCAUAAACAAAAACCUCCUUUUCUUUUCACAAAAAAAACCCCACUGCCAAACCACAACUUGCACCUCUCUAUCGCUCCCAUUUUGCAUAUAUAUAUCAUCAUAUCUUUUUAUAUAUCUACACAUUUACCUUUAUACAUAGAUAUUAUGAGCUACACACUUUCUCUCUCCCUCUCUAAAGCUGAGGCAGCUGAUUGUCUACUUUGUCUUCUUCCUGCUCACAUCUUCAUCUGCUGAGCUCCAAUUUCAAUUUAUCGAUCUCGUAAUAUAUAGAUCUGCGACGACCGAUCCGGCAAGAGAAUGUCAGUGGAUAUGAAUUCUGGGGGAGUUUGUUACGUUCAGUGCAACUUCUGCAACACCAUUUUAGCGGUUAAUGUUCCAGGAAGCAACGUGUUGAAUGUGGUGACUGUUAGAUGUGGGCACUGUGCUAAUUUGCUGUCUGUUAAUAUGGGAGGAUUGCAUCACUCUGUUUAUCUCCAAGAUUUCCAGAAACAACAAUCAGUGGGCGAAGCUGCUAUUAAAGACAGUGGCUCAUCUUCAACGUGUAAUAGAUUCGCUCCAUUGCAGCCUCAACAUGAAGUACAACCUAAGAUGCCUCCAAUACGCCCUCCGGAGAAAAGGCAACGUGUUCCUUCAGCAUACAACCGUUUCAUAAAAGAGGAGAUUCAGAGGAUAAAGGCUAGCAAUCCUGAAAUUACUCAUCGUGAAGCUUUUAGCUCAGCUGCAAAAAAUUGGGCACAUCUUCCUCAUAUUCAUUUUGGACUCAACAAAACAAGCUAAGAUACGAGGCAUGCAGAUCGUGAAGCAACACAUUAAAAUAUGUUAUAAGUAGUGUUUGAAAAUUUGCUAAAUUACGAAAAACAAAAUUAUUACAAAAAUAAGCACAUGGCAAUGCUAGCGUAUGUUUUGGAUUCUAGGGUUGCAAGAACAUGUUAAUUAAGGUGCGAUUUUCAUGGUAAGGAUUUUUUUUUUUGGUAUUUUGUGGAAUUGAUAAAUAAUGUUCACUGCUUAAAACAAAAAUUGUGUUUGAUGUAUCCCUGUGUAAAUUGAUAUUGAUGUGGUUUCAAUCA